AUGUCUACAUCUCCAAGUCUUACCUCUACCACCCCAGCAUUAAAUUUAGACAAACUAGCUGAUAAAUACAAGCAUGGUCGCAACAGAAUCAUGUUCUUUGAUUACGAUGGUACACUCACUCCCAUUCGCUCGCGGCCAGACGAUGCCAUACCGUCGGAUGAAAUGAUUGAUCACCUGAAAAAGCUUUGCGAAGAUCGUGAUAAUACUUUAUGGGUCAUCUCCGGCCGAGACGAAGCCUUUCUAGAACACUAUCUUGGUCAUAUUCCGAAUUUGGGCCUUAGUGCAGAACAUGGUUGUUUUAUCAGAGACCCUGGAUCUCCAAAUUGGGUCAAUCUUGCAGAGCAAAUUGACAUGGUGGAAUGGAAGGCUCAAGUAACAAAGGUGUUCCAACAAUAUACAGACAUUACUCCAGGAAGCUUCAUAGAAAGCAAAAAGUGUGCUUUAACCUGGCACUAUAGACAAGCCGAUGAGAAACUGGGCCCAGCAAACGCGGAAGAAUGCCGACGGCAAUUGGAAAAAGAAAUCCUUCCCAAGUUUGACGUUCAUGUCCUGGUUGGCAAAAUGAAUUUGGAAGUUCGGCCAUCAGCUCUCAACAAAGGCGAAAUCGUCAAGAAUCUUCUGAGCAAGCACAGUCAGGUGGACUUCAUAUUUUGUGCUGGUGAUGACCAAACUGACGAAGACAUGUUCCGAUCACUUCGGAACGCUAAACAAGUUGAUCAAGAUGCCACCUUUUCUUGCCUAGUUGGCUCCAACAAGAGUGAAACUUUAGCUGACUACUUUGUAUCAUCGCCGGCAGACAUCGUGAACGUUCUUAGCGUCAUGAACAAGGCAGCACCAAAGUAA